AUGAUGACGAAGAUAAAUCUGUGUUGUCUCCAUACACUGCGAAGAUGGCGUAUUCAAAUACCGUCCAUUUACUUUAUUGGUUUACACCAGCGGCGAUGUGAGCACAGUGAUGCUCUUCACACACCGGAGAAAUGUAUACCAUCAACGUCUUCUUCUGACCAUUUAAUUAAAUCCAACCUCACAACAACAACAACAACACCAACAAUAGAAUCAUCAUCAUCAUCAUCAUCAUUAUUAGAUAUGCCUGUUUGGCAAUAUAUUGUGGAGAGUAUUCAAGAAGUAGUGAUGACAAGAGGUGAUGAUGUAGACACUUGGCGUCGUUUCUGCAAACUUUGGCGAAAACACUUUCCAGUUGCAGAAGUGGAUCAAUUACGUUUAUUGUUAGAAGAAGAGAUUCUCUCUUUUAACACAUUUGGUAAGAGUGAAGAGCGAAUUCCACAUGAUUUACAUUCUCUUCCUGUAUUUCUACAGGCUUUAUGUGCCUUGGUACAACUUGGUGAAGCCCAGUUGCCUCUUAUCUUUACAGAUUCACAAUCGACAAACAAAAUUACGGAUUUAACGGAAAGAACUCUCUUUACUACCGUUAUCAGAGAGUUACGUGUAGUUAUCUUUUAUUUGGCAGAAGAACGUCUUCUCUAUGCCCUUUACGCUACUCAUUAUCAUCCAUCGGAGAAUCCCACAGAGUCAAACCUUAAUGAGAGUGGAAAAGAGAUAAUGCGGGAUCUUUCACUCUUCACUGAUUCUACAGUAGAGCGAGUGCGAGAUAUGGGUGUUCGUCUCACACCGAAGGAAUUAGAAAAUGUUAUCUUAUUAGCAGAUGCGGCAUCAGCUUUGUUAAGAAUAGAUCCACCGAUUAAACUCAUGCCUGUACUUUAUCGUCUGUUGCUACCAGCACUUGGUGCAUGUGAGCAACUCGACUCUUUCCGUCUUGCGGCACUCGCUACAGCGUUGGCUAGAUGUGCAGAUUUUAGUGACCCGACUAAUAAUAAUGAUAAUAAUAAUAAUAAUAAUAAUAAUGAUAGUGGGAAGAACGGAGGAGAGACUCUUCGAUCAACGGCCAUCUCUUAUACGGUGUGUUCUCAUAUGCAUGCUUUGGCCCGUGCGCUAGAAGUUCAAAUGCGGGCAUCUAUGCAACACGUACAAGACUCAGAAACAAAACGACGUCAGGCACAACUGCGAUUACUUUCAUUGAAGGAACGUAAAGAAUUGGAGAAACAGCAGCAGCAACAACAGCAGCAGAAAAAGAAGAAUGAAAAACUAGAGAAACAUAAUGGUGAGAAUGCGGAUGAGGGAAUACUUCUUUUGGAAAAUGUAGCGAGUGUGUGUAGUGCUCUCGCUGCUUUACGCUAUGCGGAUAAACGAUUCUGGAGUGUUGUGAUUGAUUACACCAUCACAUCUCUUCAGUCAUCAUCAUCAUCUCUUUCUUCUUCUUCUUCUUCUCUUUUAUUACAGGAUGUACGAGACAUUCUCUUUGCAUUGGAUCACGUCCAUCAAAACAAUGGAUAUGAUCGUAUCAUGUCACUAUUAGUUUCUUUACAUCUCUUGGAGGAGCCUAUUCCACCCCCGUCAGCGGUGAGAAAGGCAAUGAAGGUAGUGAAGGGUCGGACGGCCAGUGAUCUUUGA